UCAGUACGAGUCGUUUGGCAAAGUUGAACGUAGACAGUAAUUUAUCCAACUGCGAGGUGGGUCGCCACGUGUGCAUCCAUACCAGCUUGAGUACCAUGCGGUCCCUGCAAUGAUAUCCUGCUCCUUGCAGCACAAACCUGUUUUGUUUUGCACCUGAGGCUCAACCCAUAGCUGCAGGAGAUCAAAUGGAGGUCAGGAUAGCUCACCUAUGAUUGGACACUUGGUAACCUGCACUACCGCCCCCAAGGGCUAUGAGAGAAUCUCUUCCUGGUUGCAAAGCUAGGUUUUCGGCUUUCAGCUUUCGGCUUUCGGCUUUCGGCUUUCGGCUUUCGGCUUUCGGCUUUCGGCUUUCGGCUGUCAGCUUUCGGCUGUCGGCUUUCAGCUUUCGGUUUUGACAACCUCAGGAACUCCGACUCAGAAUCUGCUGGGGAAAGCUGCAGGGAAGCACUCAGGACAUGGAGCAUCAAAACACCAACUACCUACUUCAUGAGGGACUUGGCAAGGACAAGGAAAAUUUGAAUGGUGGGAAGACACAGGCAGUCUUACCACUGGAUGGAGAGGGAAGAAAUGAGGGAGAGAGUGUACUGGGCCAGUCCGGAGCCGCAGCAGUGGAAGGGGACAAAGCAGAAGAAUUAAGUGGAGAAGGUGGGCCUGCUGCUGGUGAUGCAGACCUCAUGGAUAACAGCAACCAAGAGGACCAGGACACCAGUGGCAGUGCCCAGGAGGAGGAGAAGCUGCCAGAGGAGCCAGUUCUCAAGGAUGCUGUGGUCAUAGACAAAGUGCAGCCUAUUCCAGUGCUGGUAUCUGGUGUGCGGCCUAAGUCAGUGUGGGUACAGCAGCGUAGCUUACACUACAAUUUCCAAUGGUGGCAGCUGCAGGAGCUGGAGCGCAUUUUCCAGCAGAAUCACUUCAUCCGUGCAGAGGAAAGACAUCUGGCAAGAUGGAUAGGUGUGAGUGAAGCCAGAGUUAAGAGAUGGUUUAAGAAGAGGAGAGAGCACUUCAGAAGAGGACAAAGUCAGUUAGGAAUGAAUGAUGACGCCUCUGUGGGGUCCCACUCUACCUUUCUCUGAAGAUGGCACAGGAGGCCUGGUGUACCACCCUUGACCAGGAGCCACGUGCAGACCCCUGCUGCCUUCCACCAGCAUGUUAUUGCAUCUCUAUUCCCUAAGCAUUUGUAUGUGAAAUAAAUAGAUUCUCAGUUUCUUUGA